AUGGCCAUUGUGCGUCCCGGUGGCCAAUGGCUGCUGCCACUCUUGGUCGCCGUGCUAUGUGCGUUGUCUCAAACCUUCGCGUGGUCCACGCAGCCCAAGCUUUCGCCGAAUGGCAACGCCGCUCACGACCCGAAGAUAUUAAAUCAGAAUGACGAUUCGAACGCAAACCAAAGCCAACACAGGUUCCGCGUGGCUCGCCAACAGCUGAACGAGUUAAUGCAGCCUCUUUCCUUGCAAACCUUUUUUCAUGAUUAUUUUCAGAAGGCCCACGUCGUGGCUCAUGCCACAGGGCCGGUCAACCCAGACUUCAUCGUGGCUGACCCCAAUGCUUCAUGGGCUGAGACGGCCGAAGCUGUUCUCAACCCUCUAUUGAAUCGUUCCGACGAUGAGCUCAGUCUGCUAUUCAAGAUGAGCGCUAUUCAACUCCGUGACGCCAACGCUUCUGCCGUCUCUUCUCAUAAUUUGACAACGGUAGACCUUAAACAUCUUCUUGUUGACCAAGGCUAUAGCAUCGUUUAUCGCAAUGAGCACAAUCGCGAAGAAGACCUGUACCAACGAAACCUACUUGCCAAUAGCGUGACGUCUCUUGUUCUUCUUCAGCCGACUCUUCAUUAUUAUCUUAGUGGACCCCACGCCAAGGCUUUGCCUGCGCACACCGACCGUAGCGACAUCUUUGUCUUUCAACUUGCAGGGACGAAGCACUGGACAAUUUGCUCGGUUCCUCUUCCUGAUGCCUCAUGGACGCCAGCUGAAUGGGCUCAACAGCAAGAAGUGAAUGCCAAACAGUCGAUGGGUUGCCGCAACCCAAAAGAAGCAGAGUUGAAUGGAUUGGAAUGUGAGCACCACGUUCUUCGCGCUGGAGACUGGCUGUACAUGCCAAAAGCCACCGUCACGUCAAGCACUGCACCUGCCAGCGCCCAAGCUGUUUCACCCGACGAAGUGAUUUUGGGACUUCAAACUGCCACUCUGGCUCGUUUUGCAUCACUGCAGUCCUUGCAUCUGCCCCUUGAUGUGUUGAAUCGGACGUUCUUUUACCAGGCUAAAGAAGACUGGCUCAAGUCCAUCCGCACACUCUCCCGCUCGCUGAAUCAGAUAUUUCCCCAAGCUUUCUCCACGUUCCACAAGAAGGACGUUCAGGAAACAGAGGAUCACGCUCCGCUCGAAGUGCAUCGUCACAGACGAGAUGACGUGUGUUUAUCUGAUCUUAGUUGCCAGACAUGUGAGCCUGACACCUGUCACACUAAGGACUGUGAAGAAGGCUGUGACGACGGUUGCUAUUACGACUGGAACGAAUUUGCUAUCAUUUGCACUACGUCUUGUGAUGACUUUUGCACUUGUGUGUGUUACGAAGGCUGUUAUGCCUACCCUGGGAACUAUAACCCAACACUCCUGACUUGUGAACCAUGUCGGCGCGGUAAAGUACAACCCAAUCAGGCGCACGUCGAUCAUUGCACUCCCUGCGAAGUCGCGUGCCGUUUUCUCAUGACAUCCCUGAUAUUCCCAGCUGCAAGGAUUGUGAACCUGGAAAGAAGCGCAGCAGUUUGCACCGAUUGCCCCCCAGGCACAACCAAUCCUGCAACCGGGAAACAUGAGUGCUAUGGUAUUCCCGAAAGCGGGUGGUGCACAUUUUCGGGCCAGCUUUGCAACUGCCAGGCAUCACAUCUCAAUCAAGGGUCCAGGGUGAUUGAGUUUGACGACGUGGAUGGUGGUCGUUGCAACCGCAUCAUAACCGACCCGAAGGUCUAUGGCAUCACUCUCAGUAUGUUCGGCAAAUCCCAUUAUUCUGUCUCCCACGUGGCCUGCAAGGAUUUCGAGUGUACCAAUCAAGACGUACAGCGUCAUGAUGCAGCCGAGGAAUACUUGACUCCAGCUUACAGCAAAAUCUCCACGACUGAGUCCGUUGCGAUUGAGUACAGCUAUCAGAUUUCCAACAAUGCCUUCGUGUUGCAACACACCGUUUCUAAUGCCAACCGUAAUGCAGAGUGGCCAUAUCAGGGCCACGGCGGCCUGAUCUGGCCAUCGUCACGCCUUCGGUUCUCCAGCACUGACGUCCCCAAUCUGGACUUGUCAACGUCAGGCGAAACUUGCAACAAGGGAGAAAACAGCCAGUGGGAAGUGAUGACUUGCACGGCAACUACAGACAUCUUGGUGCAACACGGUCACAAGUUCCGACUCUCAUUUUUUGCCAGCAACCAGGGUCGAUGGGAUUACAUCAAGCCGUCUUCAAUCUACAAUAGGGUUUGGAGUGCGCGAAAUGCAGAGGCAGAAACAUAUCCAGUUGACUCGGUCUAUCUUCCAGGCAAGACCACACACAUGACAUACACGGCUGAGCUGGACUUUGUUUCGCCUUGGCAUUGUAGUGUUGGACCGACGCUAGGGCAGCGAAGCGGAGCAGCUCCAUUCGCACAGGAACUCAGCAUCGUGGAUGACGAAGGUUGCAGCGAUUGGAAAAGUGCUGAUAGUAUUCUUCACUUUCCUGCUGGGAGGCGCUUCAUCAACAACGUGGCAGAUCUGUGUGUGUGGACAACCUCUGGUUGGCGCUCAUCGGGACACGUCAUCUCGGACUUGGAACUCACCGCCUUCUCCUCUUCCAAAGUGGGAAAUGCGAUGACGGCUCGUCGGGGGGCUGAUGACUCCAAAGCCUUGGCAAUAUUGGGCGUGCAAGCUGAUUCAGCCGACAAUUUCCAGUUGAGCUUUAGCCACAGCGUUAUGUCACAAGUAUUGACCGGUGCCGCUAUUUUAGCCGUCAUUGUUGAGCUUUCAGUGAUGGAUGUAGGUCAAACCAAUGUGAUGAUCGCUCGACGUGCACCAGUGUACUUUGACCCUGACGUGCCCAUGGUGCAGCUGGCCUGCACAAUCAAUUGUGUCAGCGUACCCAGUGCUCUGAUGUCUGACAGCAGCGCAGAGCAAAAUCAGCAUCACUUUUAUACCAGCCUGUCGGUCACCAAAAUUCGUGCCUACAUUGACCGCACCAUCUUCAGUUGCCCCAAGGUGGCUAGUCUAGAGAUGGAGUUGGAAAUUCAUCCGGCGUUUACGGAUACGCCUUCUUGGAGCGGUAGCGCGUAUGACAGCGAUCAUGACGCCCUCAUGUUUGAAACUUGGCAAGGUAUCGACCGUUUCAAGGGUCAGAUUGUGCGUUUGCGUCGAUGGGACGGCGCUGAUGAGACAGCUGAAUCCGAAUGGAAAGACCUAGGUCAGAAUCCAGACUAUGAGUUUUCUGUGGAACUCGUAUCUGGGUACGAGUACUUAGUGGCUUUCGAAGCUUGGACGCCAAUUGCUGUGGAGCAUGACAUGGUGCCAGGCACGGCUAAGCGUGCAAAUCAGGUCGGCACCACCGACAAACGUCUUCGUGUGGAUCACACAGCGCCUGUCGGUGACACGCCCGACGUUGUGUUGGAAGUGGGUGGCGUCAUCACGGUGCUCGAGGAAUUUUUGGCUGCCAACUCAGACGUCGAUGGCGCUCUCAAGGGCCUGCCCGCCGUCCAGGCGCGGGGAACCACGCCCUUGUUCUUCAUCAUUGACCACGACCUGCAACAUGUCGAGCUUACCUUCAGCUUGUUGGACGAGGAGAGUGGCCUUCGGGCCAUUGACGUGCGCACAUAUCAACUUGACCUACACUCCACUGCUGCGCAACUGAUACACGAGCGUGCCGUUGGCAUUACGCGCUUUGUACGCAACGCCGAUACGUCUGCAUCCUGCGACGCGAGUAGUGCUUUUUCCUGGUAUGCGUCGACGCGAGAUCGCGACGUCACUCAUGCAGCCCACGGAAGUUCAGGCUGCCGAUGCACAGCGUACGAUCCCGCGGGCAACUUCGACCACUGCUACCGUCAGCACAUGUACCUCGAUGGCAACAACCAUUACUCAAGCGACUACACGCCCGUGCCAGCGGCUCAGCUCUACUUGAUCCAGGUGGAGAGCGAGAAUCAUGCAGGCAUCACCACGACGCUCGAAGCGAUGCUUCGCGUCGAUUCAACCCCACCCGAUGUAACGCACGCACACGUGCAAGAUAGUGCUUCCCUUGGGCAGCUCGACAUUGAUUUCAUGCAAGUGGGCACGGGCAACCAGGUGACCCUUCACGCAAGCUUUACCGGGUUUGUUGACUUAGAAAGUGAAGUGCGAAACUAUUUGAUUGCUUUUACCGACAAGUGCCUCACUCUUGAGGACUAUUGCGGCAAGAAUAAUAUUGAUUCUGCUCAUGGAAACGCCUGUUACCUGUCACCUGUGGACGAGGCGCAGUGGCUUGCCGCAGCGCCUGUCCGUGCGCUCUUCAAAGCCAACGUGCACAGCCAGACAGUCACAGUGGAUAGCAAUACGAAGCGAAUCUACGCAAAUGUUAUGGCUCAGAACAACGCCCUGUUGUACUCGGCCAUCCAAUGCUCGGACGGCGUAGGCUUUGACCGUACCCCUCCAACCGCCUCCAAUCUGGCCAUCACGGGAGCGGCCAUUCGCCCAGGCAUCGUGACCUCUCACGACGGCUCUGCUCAGUAUUACAUAUCCAAGUGGGGUGUGCUACAGCCUUUGCCGCAAGCAUGUGGUGGCAACUUUCCAGCGCUUUCUCCCAACUUUGCUACGGUCAUGGCUGGGAGUGACGACUUUUUCACAGGCACCGACGGUCGUCUCGAUGUACCUCGGGGCUUUGCCACGGGCCGAAACGCCACCGCCUUGCCUGCUGAAGCUCUGGUCUGCUCGCAACUGACACCCGCAGUCUUGGUUUACAACGGCUCUUUGGAACAUUUGGUGGCCUCGUGGAACGCAGAAGAUGCCGACAGUGGUAUUUGGCGCAGCACCAUCUCUGUCUUGAGCGAGGACGGGAGCACCGAAGCCAGCGUGGCAACCCGCAACAACUACUUGGAAACCUCUGCGCUAGCCUUGGAGGGCCUAGACGAGGUUACGUUUCAGAUUGAGGUCGCCAAUCAGGUGGACUUGAACACGGUCAUCGACGUGGGACCCUUUGUUAUGGACCACACCAAGCCCGUGCACAGAGCCAACCCGCUCACCACAGUAACAGACGAUAAUGAGAUUGUCAUCACAAACUUUAACCAACUCUUCGUGGAUGCUGAAACCAAGCUGUGCCGUUUUGAUAUUGUCAUUGAAUACGAUGGUGGCUCAGCGGAGAGGUCAAUAGCUACAAUGGAUCCCGAUGCGUGCUUGGGUGAGAUGCCGGCAACGUACACGAUCUCACCGCCACGCUUGACGAAUGCCAUCAAUGUUGUCUAUACGCUACGUAUAACGGCCUUCAACGCGGUUGGCAUGCGCAAUCAAGCCUCAGUGUCAGUGGAGCUUGUCUACGCCCCACCCACGCCCUCCCUAAUCUGGGACGUGCUAGAGGUGACCGACAAGGCCGACAUCGACUACAUCCCGGAUACAGUACAUUUGGGUGCCUCGUGGCCGAGCGUGGCGGGCGCCAGUCUGCUGCAGGCGGGCAUGGUUCUGAUCAAACGUCCGUUGGGCACGGCACACAAACAGUGGUUGACUGGGUCGCGCUGCCUGGAUCAAGCACGGGAUUCCAAUUCUUUCGGUGAUCAACUGUUUAUCUUUCAUCACACGGUUCCUGUUGAACCCAGUCGAUACUACACCUUGAGCGUCAAGGCAACUAGCCAAGUGUCAGCCAACGACCAGCUACAAGUGUCUGUGUAUGCAGCUCGCGCGGGUGCGCUGCCUGACGCUUUGCUGGGUGCUGCCGGCGUGAGUACUACAACCAGUGCUGAGAUGGAGUUUCAGACCCUGAGCACCCAUUUACUCAUUUCCAUUCGAAGCACGUCUGCACACAUUCUGGAACUUCUAGCUCCUGUGCAGCUCAAGGCCUGCCGCGCCUUGGGUUACACUGGGGCCAGUGCACAUGACGUUUGGAGCGCGCCUGAAGUGACAACGGCCAGCAUACGUACCCUGGUUGACGAGGUGCGCUGGAUGCCUGUGCUGACGAGCGGGCUUGGUGGAAACGAUGCCCCUGAUCAGGCUCUUGUUGAGCAAGCGGGACUGACCGAGUGGCAGCUUGGUGACCAUGUGGCCGUGGCUGAAUCAAUGGCGGGGAAUGAGGUUCGCGUGGCAGCCCAGGCCUGUUUUCCCAAACCCGGAGGCUGUAUGCAGUCCGUUCUAAGUGAGCCGUUGGUUUUGCCUGCUGAGCCCGAAGAUGUCGUGACUACAGCCACGUGCAACAUCGCGACUACGGAUGAACGUGCGGACGAUUAUCUUUACUCUCUUGUGUGGGAGCGCUUUGACACAGUCGACGUCAAUUCCGAGGCUAUCAACGUGUAUGAAACGAGCCUUGUCGAUGACCAAGGGCACUUGGCUGUGGCGGGGACCUGGACCUGGCCAACAAGUCAGACGCGGCGUCCUUAUCUGGAGAUGAACACCACACACAUGAAGACCACCGUUCCUCUCAAUGCCGUCAACUUUAUGCAUCUUCUGCACGAAGCCACCAGUCUGCAAGCUGCUAUUCGCCUCUGGACGCCCGAUGGUCUUGCCAAAGAAACCAUGGUCACCUGCAGCGUGCCUGAGGACCCUAUCACGCCAGUCGUUGCGGUUCCUUGGAGCGAUGUCUCUCAAAAUCCUGCGUUGCAGAAACUGCCCGUCAAACGCCACCACACCACCACCGAUCUUCAUCACUUUGCCGCCUUUUGGCCUCGCCGGUGGCAAGCGUUUGAACGUCUGGGCUUGGAGAACAUUGUGUAUGGCUGGGACCUAUCCAGUGUAUCUAGCGAUACCGGUACUACCACGAUGCUUAGCCAAGACAAUACAACGGCUCAAUACGCUAUGCUUCAAGGCUUGCACUUGAGCGACGGCAUGCUACUCCGCUUUUGCGUGUCCAUCAUCGAGGCAACACCUCAAUCUUUGGGAUGGCGGUAUUGCGCGCAUGAUGUGAGCGUGGAUCUAUCACCGCCACACAUCAGCAGCCUAAAGCUGUCUCAUCCCCACGCCAGCAGUGAGGUGGGCCACGGCACGGAGGCUCUGCAGCUCAAUUGGCAUGUCAACGCCUCUGAUGUCGCUGACCUCAGCAUUUUGGUUGGCUAUCAAGCGGGCCGUGGCGACAUUGCUGCGGUAUACGACGUGAAGCCAGCAAGCUCCGCUUUUCUCUUUCAAGACCUAAGUCUUCAAAGUGGUCGACCCAUUUAUGCCACGCUGCAGGCCAUUGACUUUGCGGGCAACAUGGCUUCCCUCACCAGCUCCCCAAUCAUUGUGGACACAACACCGCCAUAUUUUGUGGGGACCUUGGAGGGCGAGAUGGAUCCAAUGCGUGACGGAAUAGGGGAGCUUGGCUACCUGCUUCGGAUCGACUUUGAUUUGUUUGAGGACGAUGAGAGCUUGGUGGUGAAGCACACCUUGGCUCUGGGCAGCAGUGCGGGCACAUCAGAUAUCCGAGGAGCGAGCACAGCCACAGCCAGUCCUUGGGACUUACGAGUGCCUUUGCACCACCAUGGCGCUGAUAUCUUUGCGACUCUGUGCGCAACCAACGAAGCUGGUCUCUCCGCAUGCGUAUCGGAGCUCUUGCUGACGCUGGAUGCGACGCCACCGACAGUGGACACAUCCAAACUGUCAGCAACGGCCAGUUGCGUGGAAGGUCGUCACCACCGGGUGCGUCUCGAUUUGGACUGGACCGGGGCUUUUGAGGAACCAGACUCUGAAAUUUUGGAAUUCCAAGUGUUAGCAGGAGACAAACCGGGGGAUGCCAGCAUUUUUCAUGACAUGGUAACGCGCAAAGCCAUUAGCUUCGAGGUUGCCCACGGUUUGGUGGAUGGCGAGCACCUGCAAGUGACCGUGUACGCUACCAACACCGACCAGCAGCUUAGCUCUCCGCUAACCUCUUCACUGCUCGUGGAUUGUUCGGCACCCUUGUCGGGUGCGGUCGAAGUCUACAACGCCGAGGGCCUGCCCUACCAUUCAAGCCGCAGCAGCUUCCGUGCCAGCCUGGUGGGAUUUGUUGACCCUCAUAGUGGGAUUGCACAGGUGCAGUAUUGUCUGUCGACAGCGGUCAAUUCGUGCGACGUUUUGAACUGGACGAUGGCAGUCCACCACACCGAAAUUCACCACCGAUUUGGAAGCAACGUUUUGCAGUCUGGGGCUCGCUACUUUGUCCGCGUGCGUGUGACCAAUGGGAUGGGCCAAACAACCGAGGGCAUCAGCGCCAGCUUUGGUGUUGACACGACGGCACCCACCGUCAGUGGCUUUGCUUGGCAGCAUCCGAUUUCGCGGACUCCCGUGUCGGCACAGUACUUGCGCUCUGUGUUGCUGGCCGAUUGGACCUCGACAGAUGAGGGUGGCGCCGGCGUGCACUACCAUGAAGUGGAGGUGGCCGUUCAUCACGAUGAGGCGGGUGGUGAGCUUGCUGUUGUGAGCGAGUUGGAGUACGAUGCCAGUCUGAGUGUGCUCAACCUCACGCUGCAACAUGGUGAGGUGUACUUUCCUCGCAUCUCAAGCUGCGACGGCGCAGGCAACUGUCAAAUCCAGGAUCUGGUUCCCUUGGCCAUGGACGUAACCCCGCCGUUAGCCAUCAGGCUUCAUCACAAUGGUGUCUGGAAUGUCGUUGCCGGUGGCACAUUGCGGUACACCGUAAAAGUAUCGGCUCCGAUCGACGAGGAGGGCACAGAAAUUACGCACUUCUACGUCAAAGUGGGCGAUCAGGCGCCCAUUACCUUUACAACCUAUAGCCCAAGCGGGUUUGUUGUGGAUGUGCCUCAGACGAUGGAAGAAGUAUCGCUUCUUUCUUUCACCUCGCAACUUCAACGCCGUUGCGAUAUGAAGUCACAUUUACCUGUGGAGGGCAGGAAAAAGCUUGGAUUGAUGCUGGUCACUUUACAGAUGGCGCGCAGCGAUGGCGUCACCAUCCGCCACGAGUGGCUGCGGGUCAAUCAGCAAGCCGCACUGCUGGAUGGCUACAAGCUACCCGUGCCCGGCUUUGGUACCGAUGACAAGUUGUUCCCCAAGCCCUUUCAUGACAUUGACGGCCAGCAAAGCACCAGCGAAUUGGCCACGACGUUUGCGUGGUCAGAGCAAGGCUCUUCCGGCGUGGUGACUGGCUCAGUCGUGGCAUUGAGCGAUCUUGACAACGUUGCUACCUAUGAGGUUGGGUUUGGUACAACACCCGGGGAGCAGGAUGUGUUGGCUUGGACUCUGGCUUCUGCUUCGACGGGCGCCCUGCGCAGCUCGGGGCUGAGCCUGGUUCAUGGACAGCGGUACUACAGUGCGGUGCGCGUUGAAACCAAGUUUCGUCACACGCUCGAGGUCGUGAGUGAUGGCGUGAUGGUGGACGACACUCCGCCAUUGGUCGGAGUGGUGUACUUUGGUCCGCGCGGAGGCUAUCUUCCGGCGACAAAUGUGAAGGAGAAUGUGAGCAUUCGCUUCGAGGGCUUUGUGGACCCUGAAAGUGCUCUGGCCGAGUAUGUUGUGGCCUUGGCUCGCGUGAACAACGGUGUCGUAGAUGAAGCAAGCGCCGAUUUUUCAUCGACAGGUCUCUAUCCCAAUGCGACGCUCUCCCUGGCCGACGCUGUGCCGGGCGCCUCCUACGUUGCCCUGGUCAAGGCAAUCAACAGCGCCGGCCUGACAUCAGCAGCAGCUGUCUCGGAGCCCCUCGUGCUUGACGAGGAAGGACCCCAAUUUUUGAGCGUGUUGCGCGUGCCUCUGAGCGACAGUCAAAAUAGCGCCUUGGGCAGCCAAUUGACGGUGACUGGCACGGCUACGCAAGGCAAUGCCGUUCACGAGUUUCCCGUCGACUCACCCGACAUUCUUGGAACCUCCCUAAGUGGCACACGCAUGACUUUGACGCCUGAUGCCCCGGUGGUGCUGACCAUGGCCCUGACGUUGGGGCAGCAGACAUGGCCAACACGCGUUGCCAUCAGCUUUGACAUUGUCUGCGCAGGGGGGGCGCCACGCACACUCCUGCGCAUUUUCGGCUCUGUUUCCAACGCAGUGAAUGGUGAUGUGCAUCACGUUGCAUCCUGUGAAGGCUUUCGGCAGCAAAUUGAACGCUGGGUUGAAGUUGAAGCUGUGGGCCAGGACAUUACUGUAGAGCUUGAGGUCACGUUGCUCCACGCAGACACGAAUGCCACGCUCUUGGUGGGCAGCACGCGUGUCCAUGAGGUGGCGGAGCUCAACUCUGAUGCACGGACACUACCUAGCGUCACUGUGCAAGACCGAACAUUUGCCGUUUUGCACGGCAGCGGUGCCGAUUCUGCGGGAACAACGUGUCAAUCUGCGCCAAUGACCGUGCCCACAGGCUGGCGCGUGGCCACAGGUUAUGAUCCAACCGUUCGCGACGCUGCACGUCAAUACAAUUGGGGCACAGCAUAUCUUGCGACGAGUUCCGGUGUGGCGUACGCCACGGCACAGGCAUCUGACCUUGCUCCCGUAGCGAGCAACGUCCACGUCACAAAUGGUGGUGCACAUGUCGUGGCUGCCGACUGCGCAAGUCAUGGCAUGGGUAUUUUACUGGAGGCUGGCUCGGGUGCAGUCCAGGUGGAUCAGCCCUACCACCGAGGUGCUGACGAACUGCAGGCGCACUGGGUUAUAGCUGAUGCCGCCAGUGGCAUCCGACGUGUGUUGGCAGGCGCUGGUAGCCAGCCUGAGGUACCCGUGUACCUCCCACUGCGACCGGCCGAUAGCAUUGACUCGUUGAACUUGCACAUGAACGAGCGCGCACCGGAGCACGGUCACCAGAUUGCCGUAAUCGUAGAGGCUCAGGAUUGGGCUGGACUGCGGGUCCGCGCCACCAACGACAAGGUGGUGGCCAUUGUUGACGAGUCAGACCCAGAGGUGACAGCAGUGCAAAUUGCGCCCACCACAGAAAGUGGCAUUGUGGCUGGAGCCUCUUACGUCAACGUUACCUACCAUGCGACAGACCCGCAAUCAGGCAUCCUCCGUUGCCACGUCUCGGUGCUGGCUCCCGACAACAACAACCAGUUGCACGGUGAAACAGUCGUGCACUUUGAGCAAUCGAGUGUAUUAGUGCCCAUGACGACGCCGCUCGAGGCCGAUGACGUGGUUCAUGCACGCGUCGCUUGUGUUAACGGGGCUGGUUUGAUGGAGAAGGUUACAUCGCCGUCCAUUUUUGUUGCAUCAUCGGACAUGGCAUUGGUGACAGCAGCAGAACCAUAUGUGCUUGAGCCCGCAACGGGCACCAAGAUGUCCUCAGGCAUCUGGGCGGUGCAGGGCUACGAAGUCUUAGUGCUACACCUGAAAGGGCCAAGUGAGCGCCUGCUGGCUGCCAUGGACCGCGAUAAGGAGUCAGGCGUUGGACUUGAGACGCUGGUCGAACGUGUUGACGGUCAGCUUGCCAACUGCCAGGCCGGCCCCUUGACAGCGUGCCCCUUCUCGGAUGGUCGCACCCGCCUGCCCGGGUGCCCGCCCGGUAGUGUUGCUCGUGAUGCCUCAACCUGCUGGUACCAACAUGGCCGUGCUACCAGCUUCCGGAUCAACAUUGAUGAUACGGUCAACUCGAGCCAGCUCCUACCCGGGGUGGUAUAUCACGUCACAACGCGGGUCCGCGUGGAAAAUCAGGUUCAAGAGCUGGCCAUUGCCGAGGUCGUUCUUGACCGCACGCCACCCGUCAUUGCGGCCGUCCCCCAACUUGUGGGCGCAAAGAACCCAGAGGUAUCAGUCAAUCUGCAAGGCGUUUGCCAAGAAGACGUACUGUCCAAUGAGCUGCGACACUUUGUCAUCUUUGGUGAUGGCGCGCGUGCUGGAUCUCUGGACUUGACGGACUGGGCUUUGGUGGAAUCGGCGGACCUUUCUAGCUCGACCCACGUCAUUAAUCUCAAGCACAAGUCGGCGUCCAGCGAAGCACAGAGAGGCCGUCAAUUCGUGUCCACAGAGUGGCACAGGCUGACAGAGCUGGCAGGCGCAAAGUUUGAUAUGAAAAAAAAGUUCAACGAGCUAGCCCUCACCUACACGCACAUUGCCGGAGGUCUGCCGCCACGAGCCUCUGUGUAUCAAGGGCUGUCCUAUAAAAAUGGCGUGGGACGGCAACGAGCCGCGUUUUUUGCCGAGAAGCAGCUCUCCAUAUUGACCCGCGUGAGCAAGACCUACUGGCUGUCCCUGAACGAACAGCACACCUUUCGAUACAUGGACCAGGAAAUCAGCACGCUGAUAUUCAUGUAUUUGCUGCUGUGCAAGCCUCUGGAGCACAUGCUGAGCAGCUGGCUGCAAAAGCGGGGCGGGCUGGACACCCCCGACGACGAGAACGGCAUUCACAAUGCCGAGCAGGACGACGAAGAUUUGCUCGACGACGAGCUGGAUGAAGACCACAUGAGCCACGACGAGACGAUGACAUUGCGACGCGAGGUCCGGGACGCUCGAAACCACUACAACAACAGCCACCUGCUCUUCAACAUUGCGCCCCUGCAGACGAUGGUCAGCCCAGCUACCAUCUAUGCGGCAUUUCGUCGACAAAUGACCACGUACCUGCAUCGGCCAAAGCUGGGGGUGGCCACGUGGCGACACGCCGCAACCUUCUGGAUGACGACAUUUGUCAUUAACCGACUGUCGGCCGAGACGACCGGCGCCCUGGGCAGCCUGAUCCACACUCAAGCUCAACACUCUGGGGAGACGGCCCAGCGGGCCUAUGCGCGCACAGCCAGUGACCAUGUGCAAACCAAAAUGUCGUCGCGACUGAUGCAUCAAGUGGCCUCGCAAAAAUGGCAUGCUUUGUUUGGACUAGAUCGCAAGCGCAGCAUAGACUGA